CAGCCUCGUCUUCUUCCCUCUUUGUGUGUCGGAAUGGUCUAAUAAUCGAUCGAGAUGAUUUCCGUCGUGUCGACAGUGGAGAACCUUCCCCGAGACGCGGAGAGUCCUUCAGACAACAUGUUUACACGCUUCAAGAACAUGUUCAGCAGAGACCUGCUUGUGACGUUGGCCUUAGGUCAGGUACUGUCCUUGUUGAUCUGUGCCAUUGGCCUGACCAACAAGUACCUGGUUGAUGAUUUCCAUGCCAACACGCCGGUGUUCCAGAGCUUUCUCAACUACAUCCUACUAUUUCUGGUCUACACCACCACACUGGCAGUCAGGCAAGGGGAAGGCAACUUGUUGGCAAUCUUGAAGCAACGCUGGUGGAAGUACAUGAUUCUAGGGUUUAUUGACAUUGAGGCCAACUACCUGAUACUAAAAGCUUACCAAUACACCACACUGUCCAGUGUACAGCUGUUAGACUGCUUUGUCAUCCCCGUGGUCUUGCUGCUUUCCUGGUUUUUUCUGCUGGUGAGGUACAAGGCGGUCCACAUUUUGGGCACGUUACUGUGUCUGCUGGGCAUUGGCUGCAUGGUGGGGGCUGACGUCCUUCUAGGCCGCCAGCAGGGCCUCGGUGAGCAAAAGUUGUUUGGUGAUCUUUUAGUUUUGGGGGGAGCAACACUUUUCGGGAUCUCGAACAUCUGUGAGGAGUUCAUAGUGAAGAAUAUGAGUCGCGUGGAGUUCCUGGGAAUGAUGGGUCUAUUUGGAUCAUUCUUCUGCGGCAUCCAGCUGGCCAUCAUGGAGCACAAGGAGCUACUGAAGGUACGGUGGGACUGGCAGUUAGGUCUUCUCUACGUGGGCUUCAGUGUCUUCAUGUUCAGCCUGUACAGUUUAAUGCCACUAGUGAUGAAGAGGACCAGUGCCACCUCAGUCAACCUCUCUCUCCUCACGGCUGACCUGUACAGUCUCUUCUGUGGGCUCUUCCUCUUUCAUUACAAGUUCUCUUGCCUCUACUUGUUAUCGUUCUUCAUCAUCAUCUUGGGCCUCGUGGUUUAUUCGUCCGCAUCUCCCUACAUGGUCCAGGACCCUCGUGUCUACAAGCAAUUCAGGAACACAUUCAACCAGUCGGCCAGAGACCCACCCCAGCAUAGUCAUAGAGUCAUGGAACCCUCCGUGACCUACACCAGCCUGGACCUGGAGUCAGGAGAGGAGUCAAGUUUACGUGUCAUUUAAAAUGGCAAUGCUUUUAUUUUAUUAUUUUUUUACUGUGAGAGCCUAGUGCUGUUUUCAUCCAAAGUUUUGCAUAAAGAUCCGCCUCCAGUCUGCUGAGCAGGAAAACCCUGUGAUCAUUGACUAUAUGGGGGAUCCAGGUAUUGAGUGGCCUAAGAUUUAGCUCUGUGUCCAAGUUAUCAAGAGAAUGUUCCUACUGUAAGAAUUAAGUGAGUCAGUGUUAUAAACCAGGACUAACCACUACCCUAGUGAUUGUAAAUGAAUACAAAAUUGUAUACAGUGGAGAAAACAAGUAUUUUUAUACCAUGUUUUUCUAAGUUUACCCCUUACAAAUAUAUUAAGCAGUCCACUAUUUUUUAUUGUAGCUUUAUUAUAACUGAGUGAGACAUAAGGUCAAAUAAAUCCAGAAGAAAUACAUUGAAUAAAACUUGUAACUUAAUGUGUAUUUGUUUGAGUCAAAUAAGUACAAAACCCGAAACCAGUGAAGUUGGUAAAUAAAAACAGAAUACAAUGAUUUGCAAAUUAUUUUCAACUUAUAUUCAAUUGAAUAGACUGCAAAGACAAGAUAUUUAAUGUUCGAACUGAGAAAACUUUUUUUUUUGCAAAUCAUUAACUUAGAAUUUAAUGGCAGCAACACAUUGCAAAACAUUUGGCACAGGGGCAUUUUUGCAACUGUGUUACACGGCCUUUCCUUUUAACAACACUCAGUAAACAUUUGGGAACUAAGGAGACCUAUUUUGAAGCUUUUCAGGUAGAAUUAUUACCCAUUCUUGCUUGAUGUAAAGCUUAAGUUGUUCAACAGUCCGGGGUCUUCGUUGUCGUAUUUUAGGCUUCAUAAUGCGCCACACAUUUUCAAUGGGAGACAGGUCUAGACUACAGGCAGGCCAAUCUCGUACCCACACUCUUUUAUUACAAAGCCACGCUGUUGUAAUACGUGCAAAAUGUGGCUUGGCAUUGUCUUGCUGAAAUAAGCAGGGGCGUCCAUGAAAAAGACGUUGCUAGGAUGGCAACAUAUGUUGCUCCAAAACCUGUAUGUACCUUUCAGCAUUUAUGGUGCCUUUACGUUACCCAUGCCUUGGGCACUAAUACACCCCCAUACCAUCACAGAUGCUGGCUUUUGAACUUUGCGCCUAUAACAGUCCGGAUGGUUCCUUUCCUCUUUUGUCCGGAGGACACAACGUCCACAGUUUCCAAAAACAAAUUCAAAUGUGGACUCGUCAGACCACAGAACACUUUUCCACUUUGCAUCAGUCCAUUUAGGAUGAGCUCAGGCUCAGCGAAGCCGGCGACGUUUCUGGGUGUUGUUGAUAAAUGGCUUUCGCUUUGCAUAGUAGAGUUUUAACUUGCACUUACGGAUGUAGCGACGGAAUGUAGUUACUGACAGUGGUUUUCUGAAGCGUUCUUGAGCCCAUGUGGUGAUAUCCUUUACACCCUGAUGUCUCUUUUUGAUGCAGUACCGCCUGAGGGAUCGAAGGUCACGGGCAUUGCGCUUACGUGCAGUGAUUUCUCCAGAUUCUCUGAACCUUUUGCUGAUCUUAUGGACCGUAGAUGGUGAAAUCCCAAAAUUCCGUGCAAUAGCUCGUUGAGAAAUGUUGUUCUUAAACUGUUGGACAAUUUGCUCACGCUUUUGUUCACAAAGUGGUGACCCUCGCCCCAUCCUUGUUUUUUAAUGACUGAGCAUUUCAUGGAAUCUGCUUUUGUACCCAAUCAUGGCACCCACCUGUUCCCAAUUAGCCUGUUCACCCGUGAGAUGUUCCAAAUAAGUGUUUGAUGAGCAUUCCUCAACUUUCUCAGUCCUUUUUGCCACUUGUGCCAGCUUUUUUUAAACAUGUUGCAGGCAUCAAAUUCCAAAUGAGCUAUUUGCAAAAAAUAACAAAGUUUACCAGUUCGAACGGUAAAU